AUGAACCCAGACCGCAGUUGGAUGUAUACGAGACAUGACAGAGGCUUCCUGCCGCUUGAUUUUUUCCCUAAUCUUGAAGAGUUCGUGAAUUUUGCUGUACAACAUCCCGAGUGUAUGAGUGGGGAAGAGAUAAAAUGCCCAUGUUCUAGGACAAAAUGUAGAAAUACAAAUUUUCGAGAUGUCGAAGUUGUGAAACUACAUGUCUUGCAGUCUGGGUUUGUUCCAGAUUACUAUGUCUGGAUUCACCACGGUGAGGUGAAUGUCCCUCCUGUAGUUCAGCAGCCGGCUAAUGAAUACGAUUACUAUAAUGCGGGAGGGGGAGAUUUAAACUAUGGCCAGAGAAUGGUUAUUGAUGCUGCUGGUCCCGAAGUUUUUGAGGAAGAGACCCCGAAUGACGAAGCUCGGAAGUUUUUUGAUAUGAUGAGUGCGGCAGAAGAAGAAAUAUGGCCCGGAAAUAGCAAACACUCACCCCUGUCCGCAUCUGUUGAAAUUUUGGAUAUUAAGUGUCGACAUCAGGGGUCGAUAUCUUUGAUUGAUGACACCUGCCGUUUAAUACAAGAACUGCUUCCAGAGAACAACAAAAUGCCGAAAAAUUUUGCUAAUAUCAAGAAGCUGGUGAAAGGUCUCGGGUUGCCGGUCGAGGUUAUUGAUUGCUGUUUCCACAACUUUAUUGUGACGCCGUAUAAUCUGCCUCCUGGCAUGUGCAUGAAGGAUGAGUUUAUGUUUCUAACAAUACUUGUCCCGGGACCCGGUAAUCCAAAAAACCAUAUGGAUAUUUUCCUGCAGCCAUUAAUAGCGGAGUUGAAUCAGUUGUGGGAAUCUGGAAUCCGGACAUAUGACAUUCAAAAACGGCAGAAUUUUCAAAUGAGGGCGGCGCUUAUGUGGACAAUUAAUGACUUUCCCGCGUAUUCAAUGUUGUCCGGUUGGAGCACAUCAGGAAGAUUGGCAUGUCCGCAUUGUAUGGAAAAUACUGAGGCUUUCACGUUGCCCGAGAGUGGAAAACAAUCGUGGUUUGAUUGCCACAGAAAGUUUUUACCUACAGGUCACCAUUUCCGUCGGAAUGUUACCGAAUUCCGAAAAGGCAAACAAGUUAGACAUCAAUUUGGAGGUGUGAGGACUGGAGAUGAAGUGUUAGCAGAGGUGGACGGUUUGGGGUUUAAGAGGGCCUAUGAGAAUGAUGCUAAGGCUACGAAUGAUGAACUAUCUAAAGGCCGUGGCUGGAACCGAAAAAGUAUAUUUUGGGAUUUACCGUAUUGGAGGACAAAUGUGAUCCGCCAUAAUCUCGAUGUCAUGCAUAUUGAGAAAAAUGUAUUUGACAACGUUUUCAAUACCGUGCUCAAUGUACCUGGUAAGACGAAAGAUACGGCAAAAUCUCGGGCAGAGUUGAAUAAAAUUUGUGAUCGUCCUGGCCUGGCACAAGAUGAGGAAACUGGUAGAUAUCCAAAGGCUUUGUAUGCUUUGGACAGAGAUUUAAAAAAGAUUUUGUUAGAAUGGAUUCAAAAGUUAAAGUUUCCAGAUGGUUACGUGUCCAACUUGUCUAGGUGCGUUGAUUUAAACAGUUUAAAGAUGAUGGGCAUGAAAAGUCAUGAUUGUCAUGUCUUCAUGCAACGACUUUUGCCAAUUGCUCUUCGGGAGCUUCUUCCGGCAGAAGUGUGGGAGCCUUUAACAGAGUUGAGUAUAUUCUUCAGAGAGUUAACCGCCACAUCGCUGAAAAAGGCAGAUCUUCAGAGAUUAGAGCUUGAUAUCCCGAAGAUACUGUGCAAGUUGGAACGUAUAUUUCCGCCGAGUUUUUUUGAUUCGAUGGAACAUCUCCCCGUACACCUUCCAUACGAAGCUAUGAUGGCAGGACCUGUUCAGUAUCGUUGGAUGUAUCCGUUUGAAAGAUACCUGAGAAAACUCAAAAAUAAGGUUUCGAAUAAAGGCAGAGUGGAAGGAAGCAUUAGCAGCGGAUAUCUACUGGAGGAAACAGCAAAAUUUGCAUCUUUUUAUUUCAAGGAUGGUGAUCCGAUGGUACCAUGUCGGAUGCAAAGAAAUGAAGUUUGCGAAAUGGACGUUGAUGAUGAUUUCGACAGAUUAAAUAUUUUCAAACCAAAAGGGCGACCUGUAGGUGCUUGUCGGAACAGAUAUCUGGAUGAUGCUGAAUAUGUUGCUGCCCGAAGCUACAUCCUUUUGAAUUGCCCUGAAAUCGAACCUUACAGAGAAGUUUUUGAAGGUGAGUUGUAUGAAUUCAACCCCGAAAUUACACAGACCGAAGUUGUAGUCAAAUUGGAGAGGGAAUUCGCCUUUUGGUUCGAGCAAUAUGUGAAAGACCCAACUGUCAGUACCAAUCCCUAUAUUCUAAGUCUUGCAAAGGGACCGCUUAGAUCGGUCAAAACAUUCAAGGGGUACUGUGUGAACGGGUUUAAAUUCAAUACUGAAGAAUAUGGGGAGGAUCGGGUCACAAUGAAUAGCGGAGUCUGUGUAAAAGGAUCACUCUGCGGCCCAGCUGAAAGCGACUUUUAUGGAGUGUUGACUGACAUUAUUGAGUUAGAGUAUCCAGCUCUACCAAUAAAGAGGACGGUUUUAUUUAAAUGUAAUUGGUUUGAUCCUACAAAAACGGUUGGUAUGUUAGUCCAUCCUCGGUAUAACAUAGUGGAUGUUAAUCACAGAAGGAGAUACAACAAAUAUGAACCUUUCAUUUUAGCUGAACAGUCCGACCAAGUACAUUACUUACCUUAUCCUAGCAAAAAGCGGGACAAGAAAGAUUGGUGGGCAGUAUGCAAGAUAAAAGCUCGCUCUGAGCUAGACAUGCCUGAAACAACUGUUCCAGCUUUCCAAGAUGAUAGUGCAGAACAUCCGCUCGAUGUCAUAACGAAUGACGACCCGACGAAUUUAGUUGAUCCGAAUGGCGAGGCGGACGAGGCUGCACUACACAACCCUCCAAUAGUAGAUACGGAAGAUGAUUAUCCACCAUCCUCAUCAGACGAUGAUGACAUUGGAGCGGAAGAUGAUAUAGAAAUUGCAUGA